GCGGGGCGUGCGCGCCGCAGUGCUUGCUGGGACUGCCGUGCCGUGGGUGGAGCCUAACUCGAGACCAAAGCGCGGGACGGACGAGAGUACGAGUCCCAAGAGGUCGUUUGCGCUCUGGGAGUUACGCGGAGCGUGGGGGCUUCCAAGAAAUGCAAAAAUAAAAAAGGCCCUCUUACCUUGCAAGUCGACUAGAGGGAAGUGAAAAAAAUAUCUAGAGAUGAAGGCAUUUCAGACCAUCUGCAGGCAGCUCAGAAGUUCCACGGGGUUUUUUGUAGAACCAACCCGCCAUGUGUAUUUCUCCACUUCUGCUUACUCGUGUAGCCGGAAGAAAAAAUUGAACCCUUACGAGGAAGUGGACCAAGGAAAGUACUCUGCUAUAGUACGGUCUGUCUUGUCAUUCAAAGGCCGUGCUCAGACUCCAGAAUCAUUGUUCGAGGAAGAUAAUUUACUCUAUGGACCUUUGAGGAAGUGUAAACCCCCAAAGCAAGCUGAGGAAGCAAGAGUUCCAGGAAACUGGUUUCCUCUCCUCAGUUCAGAGAGAAACGUCAAACCAAAUGCAACAAGUGAGCCUACACUACCUUUGAAAAUCCCUCUGCAAAAGACGGUGACCCCAAGUGUGACCCGGGUCCUUCAGCAAACCAUGACAUCAGAACAGAUUUUUUAUUUGGAGAGGUGGAAACAGCGGAUGACUCUGGAAUUGGGAGAGGAUGGCUUUGCAGAAUAUUCUUCAAACAUAUUUUUACAAGGGAAACGGUUCCACGAAGCCUUGGAAAGCAUACUUUCACCCCAGGGGAACUUAAAAGAGAGAGAUGAAAAUCUCUUCAAAUCUGGCUACAUCGAAAGUGUCCAGCAUAUCCUGAAAGAUGUCAGUGGAGUGCGAGCUCUUGAAAGUGCUGUGCAGCAUAAGACCUUAAAGUAUGUAGGUCUCCUGGACUGUGUAGCUGAGUAUCAGGGCAAGCUGUGUGUGAUUGAUUGGAAGACAUCAGAGAAGCCAAAACCUGCUAUCCGAAAUACAUUUGACAACCCCCUGCAGGUUGUGGCAUACAUUGGUGCCAUGAACCAUGAUACCAACUAUAACUUUCAGGUUCAGAGUGGCUUAAUUGUGGUGGCCUACAAAGAUGGAUCCCCUGCCCACCCACAUUUCAUGGACACAGAGCUCUGUUCCCAGUACUGGGUUAAGUGGCUUCUUCGACUAGAAGAAUAUAUAAAACAGGAAAAGAGCCAGAAUAUUCAGAAAUCAGAUUAGGGAGCAGGACACUGUUUGGGAACAUUCAAUACUUUCUCACAGUUUGGGAAGAUUUAUUGCAGUUUGCUGUAGAAAUAGAGAUGCUACAGAAUCUGAGAGCUACAUUAACAUGAGUGAAAAUAUUAAUUUGUUGGAAUUUAUUGCAACCAAAAAGCCAGAAAAAUUUAAAGAGCUGGAUUUAUGCAUGUAAAAGACUAAGUAUGCUCCCUCUGACUGUCACAUACUUGAAAAACCAGCAGGCAGGUCAGCACAGUGCAGGUGGCUCUUGGGCUCCCCCGUAGACCUUUCUCUGACCUAGGCAGGAUGCCCAGUCUUUGAACUGAGAUUGGAAGGCAGUGAGGCUUGGUAAGCCAAGCAUUUCCUCUGGGUACACUAGGAGGAGAAGGAGCCACGCAUGCCAGGGAGUGUAUGGAAGGAGAGUGCACAUCACCCAACUACUACUGCCAGUGCAGUUUCCUUACAUUCUUUUCUAUUUUGAGGUAGUCUGUAUAUUUUAUUCAUAAGAGAAAGCUUCCAUUUAACAUAUUUGAAAAAUAAAUACAUGGUUCCUUAGUUUAUAUAAGCAUUGCUGUCUGGAAAGAUAGAGUAUAUUCACCAUGUCACUGGCAGUAUCCCUUGGCAUGCCACUUAACUGCCAAAAGUAGCCAGAAUCCCAGUCUGUAGUCGUAAUUACAGGGAUUCUAGUAGUUAUAUUCUGGUUUGAAUCAGUGGGUCAUGUACAUAGAGAAAAUGUCAUUUAUGGGAUCUUUCAGCUGUGAAGAAGAAUAGUAAAAUCUGAAUUUUCUGUGUUUGGUAAGUAAUAAAAUUUAUUAGUUGUCACUGGGUUCAGGAGCCCUAAGUGCCCGAGACAGCCCUAGAAAAAGGUUCCCUGUUUUAUGGAUUGGGUUAGCAUUUAAGUUUCAGUUGCUGUCUUCAAAUAGUAGAGCACUACAGUCACUUUUUAUCUUUUAUUAGCCAUUAAUUAUAAGAAAUACAAGGUGUGAGUAAAAUAA